AUGUUCUUUUUCCAAGUGAGCAAGCAGAAACGGUUAGCUCAGGUCAUAUGUGCCAUAGUCUGGUGUCUUUUCUCCGGAGGUCCAAUCUUUGGAUUUGCUGCUUUGAAGCCGGUCCUGGUUGGCCAGCAUGUCUACGAAAAUUACUGUGACCCCAGCGUCAACCCUCCAGAAAUAUCCACCCCGAUGCUUUAUUUGACGCAAAUUUUCGGUUCGGAAGUUUCCAAGAAUGAUGCUUCGGUAGCGCUUUGUACGGCCCAAGAUCUCAAGUUGAACAUGAUGUUCACCAUUGGUGCCGUACUCACCAACAUUUCAGCCCUGACCAUUGGAAGAACGCUAGACUUCUACGGACCAAGGGUGUGUGGUCUGAUUGGUUCGUUUUUCCUGUUUUUUGCAUGUUUUGUUUUCAUCAAUGCGAAAGAAAUUUCACUUUUUGACCCAUACCUCGUUGGGUACGCUUCUAUGGCUCUGGGAGGCCCCUUUGCCUACAUCUCUUCAUUCCAGUUGUCGAACGCUUUCCCUGAAAAGUCCGGAACUGUGUUGGCGUUGCUGACUGGAGCUUUCGACUCUUCGAGUGCCGUGUUCCUGUUCUACAAGCUGUUCUAUAACAAGUUUGACGGAAACUUUCCUGUUGAGAAGUUCUUCAAGAUUUACCUGCUGGUGCCAGUCUUCAUGGUGAUCGUCCAGAUCUUUGUGAUGCCUGGUGAGUCUUACAUGACUCCCCCAGCCGCGACCUUGCCUGUACUUUCCCAGCCUACCGAGACCACUGCUCUUUUGCAAGAAUCUGAAGAUUCAUUGGUUCCACCACCAAGACCUCAAGGCCGUCGUUCCUCGCUCGGAGAUGCCAUGAAGACGGUUUAUGCCGAGGAUCAAGAGGUCACCGAUGGCGAAAACAGUAUUUUUGGUGUUCUGCAUGGUUUCCCAGCCUCGUACCAGUUCAGAACGUACUGGUUCGUAUUGAUGUGUCUCUUUGCGACCAUCCAGAUGCUGCGUUUGAACUAUUUCGUAGCCACCAUCAAUUCGCAAUACACCUAUUUGUUGCAUUCAGUGGAAGCUGCCGAGAGCCUUAACAAAUUCUUCGACAUAGCGCUGCCUUUGGGUGGUGUCAUUUCGAUCCCUUUUGUCGGUUUGUUUUUGGACUAUUGCUCUUCCGUGGUGGUUCUGAGUGCUCUGUUCGCGGUCUCGCUCGUCCUUGGUGUCUUGGGAGUACUUCCAAGCUUCACAGCUGGUGUGAUCAAUGUGACCUUCUUUGUGGCGUAUAGACCCUUCUUCUAUACAUCCAUCUCUGAUUACUGUGCCAAGGUGUUCGGAUUUGAGACUUUUGGAACCGUCUAUGGCUCCAUUAUGACUAUAUCGGGAGUCUUCAACUUUUUGCAGUCUUUCCUGGACAAGGAAACCCACACAUUUUUCAAGAUGAACCCUGUGCCCAUCGAUCUCGUGCUUGUUGCGCUCACCGUGGUGAUUGGUGGCGCCACCAUUUGGUAUGUCAAGGUCCAGGCCGCGAUCUAUAGCCAGAAGAAGAAGAACGUUGUAGUGGAGGACGCAUAA